UUUCCUGGCCCGGGCCGGCUGUGCGAGGCGGCGGAGCAGGCGAUGAAGAAGCAGCAGCAGCAUCCCGGCGGCGGCGCGGAUCCCUGGCCCCAUGGGGCCCCUGUGGGGGGCGCCCCUGCGGGCCUGGGCGGCUGGAAGCGCCGGGUCUCCCUACUACCUUUCCUGCGCUUCUCCCUCCGGGACUACGGUUUCUGCAUGGCCACCCUGCUGGUCUUCUGUCUGGGCUCCCUCUUCUACCAGCUCAGCGGGGGACCCCCUCGCUUCCUGCUUGACCUGCGGCAGUAUUUGGGAAAUUCCACUUACUUGGAUGACCAUGGACCACCUCCUAGUAAGGUACUGCCCUUCCCCAGCCAGGUGGUGUACAACAGGGUGGGCAAAUGUGGCAGCCGCACUGUGGUCUUGCUUCUGAGAAUCUUGUCGGAGAAGCACGGAUUCAAUUUGGUCACUUCAGACAUUCACAACAAAACCAGGCUUACAAAAACUGAACAAAUGGAACUGAUUAAAAAUAUAAGUACUGCCGAACAGCCCUAUUUAUUCACCCGACACGUUCAUUUCCUCAACUUCUCAAGGUUUGGAGGAGACCAGCCCGUCUACAUCAACAUCAUUAGAGACCCCGUCAGCCGGUUUUUAUCUAACUAUUUUUUUCGUCGCUUUGGAGACUGGAGAGGGGAACAGAACCACAUGAUCCGCACCCCCAGCAUGAGGCAGGAGGAGCGCUACCUGGAUAUCAAUGAGUGCAUUCUUGAAAACUACCCUGAGUGUUCCAACCCCAGGUUAUUUUACAUCAUUCCGUAUUUUUGUGGACAGCAUCCCAGAUGCAGGGAGCCUGGUGAGUGGGCCCUCGAACGCGCAAAGCUGAACGUGAAUGAAAACUUCCUGCUCGUGGGGAUUCUCGAGGAGUUGGAAGAUGUGCUGCUUUUACUGGAAAGAUUUUUACCUCAUUACUUCAAGGGUGUGCUCAGCAUCUACAAGGACCCAGAGCAUAGGAAACUGGGAAACAUGACUGUGACCGUGAAGAAGACUGUCCCCUCUCCCGAGGCCGUGCAGAUCCUCUACCAGCGAAUGAGAUACGAGUACCAGUUCUACCACUACGUCAAGGAGCAGUUCCACCUGCUCAAGCGCAAGUUUGGACUCAAGUCUCACGCGAGCAGAGCGGCCCUGAGGCCGCAGUUCUUCAUCCCCACCCCGCUGGAAACCGAGGAGCCCGUGGACGAUGAGGAGCAGGACGAUGAGAAGUGGCUGGAAGAUAUUUAUAAGAGGUGAUGCCAGCACGGUGUGGCUCCAUGGCAGAAUCUCCCUUUUCCAGAAAGGUUGUUCUGUUUGUUUGAGGAAGAAAAAUCCAGAAGGGACUUAAAUUAAUGCUUGAGUGCAUUAAAAAGAACAAAACAUUCCCACAUGUUGGGGUCAUUGGGAGAUGCCCGGUUUUGCGGGUUUUAUUUGUUUAAUUUUAUUCUGUUUUUCUUUGGCUCCUUUGAGUCUUUCCCAGGUACACUAGAUGGCUCCAUCACAAGGUAGUCUUGUUCCAAACAGCCUACCCAGCCCCACCCCCCCAAUACAUGGGAGAAGGGG